GUUGCCUCCCAUAGAGAGGUAUAUUCCCACGUGAUAUACUGGUAAAACAUUUGAGUGACAGCAAGAAAGAUGAGAACUGAAAGAUGGGGAUAAAAAAUAUCAAUAAGUUUGGAAUUACGUGAAAAUAUGAGUUGACAGUGACCCAAAACAUAAAUUGAGUGUAUAUAUUAGCUGUUUGUGAAGUUUGGAGAAUUUAUUUAGCAAGUUUCAUUCAAAAUGUCGUGGAAAUUAACAAACGUAUAUUCUGUGAUAGUGGCAACUGGAAUUUUUCUUAUGUUUCAAAAGGUGCACUCGAAUCAAAGAGUCCAAACAUAUUAUCUAUACUGGAACCAAACAAACUCCCUAUUUUCUACCACAUCAGACAAUAAAAUUACAGUGAAUUUAUUUGACAGCAUAGAUGUAUAUUGUCCCUACUAUCCACCUACAUCAGAUAAUUCUACAUGGGAAUAUUAUGUUAUAUAUUUAGUUAGUAAAGCUGAGUAUGAUCAGUGUACUGUGUUUGACCCUUCUAAAUCAUUAAUGAUUAUAAACUGUUCUAAUCCUACAAAAAGUGAUGUCUUUUUUACUAUUUGGAUAGACCCUUUCCAAGGAUUUCCAAAUACACCAGAUUUUUCCAGUGGAAAUACAUAUUAUAUGAUAAGCUCAUCAACAGGAAAGCCUGGAGGAUUAUCUAACCAGUAUCAGGAAAUUGGUGCCUGUCAUACAAAAAACAUGAAACUAAAAAUAGAUAUAUGUUGUUCAUCUAAUAAUAAUAAUACACAAGGCAAAACAUGUUCAUGCUAUUCAUCUUCAACAAGUACGACAACUCCAGGGGGACAACAAACACAGCCUCCUGCUACACCAAAUCCACCAACACAACAAACAACAACAACAAAGAAGCCAAUAACGUCGGCACCAACUCCCGUGCCAACAACUACAACACAAAAACCUUCCUCAACUACAAAGUUUCCAGGAGGGAAGCCAAGUGAUCCUAGCCAACAAAUUGUUAUAGAUGCCACAGGCAAUAAAAAUAGUGGACUUAUAAACAAUGCAAGGACAUUACGGCCUUCUUUGACUUUAUUAGUUUUAAUGACAUUGACAUAUUUGAUACGACCACAACGGUAGCACUAGUUAAAUAGUUGAAGUAUGCAUUUGGAUCUGUGUGUGAGUGAACAGUGACAUCAAUUAUGCAAAACUGUCAACAUUCAUAUCAGCCAAUCAUAUUCCUAGCUGCUGUGAUGACCCCAAAAAGUUGCCCAAUCAUAUGCUUUGUUGCAAUGAUGGAAAAAGGAUAUUGGCCAAUAGAUAAACUUCUUUCUUGUAGUGACAGGAAGAAAGCAAUCAGUGACGAAAAUUUAAUUAGCCAAUCAUGUUCUUUAUUAGGAUGAUGGGAAGGAAGCAAUACUUGUUAACUUGUUGUGUUAUAGAUGAAGCAAGUUUGAAAACUUUUUGUGUCUGACUUUCAUUGUUAAGAUUUUAUUUGUUUUGAAAUGAAAUGGCUGUUUGAUUAUGUCAAGAAUUACUUCUGUUACAGUUAAGUGAUGUAGAUUUAGUUGCCUCUGAAAUUAUAUUGGAAAUUUUAUUCUUGUUCAAAUGCAGAUACCUUGGUUCGAAAAUUUAAAUAGUCUUAUUAUUUUCUUUACCAGCUAGAUUGAAUGCUUUCAGGCAUGAUUGAAAUUUGAGAAAAUGUAAAUACUCAAUUUUUACAGUGUUUUCUGGUACAGUACAGCUCAAAGCUGUUUGUUUUAUAUUUUAGGAAUGAAGUUUUGUUUUUUAAGCAAGAGGUAGUCCCAGAUAGUUUUAUCAUGUCUCAUUGUUCAUAAAUUUCAUUCACAUUUGUUUUCUAUGCAUAAGCUGAUUUCUGAUAUGGUGCAUUUUCGACUGCAUUGUAUUAAGGAUUUUAUAUCAGACAGAAUACAAAGAACAACAAAGUAUUGAUAUAAAAAUUGAGGCCAAACAGUCUUUCAUAGCUUUCAUGUUCAUUUCUAAAAUUCAAAGUUUCCAUAAAAUCCUUUUUGUUACCAUGCAGGUACGAAAAAAUGUCAUAUCCACAGAAUACCUUAGUAAAAAAUUAAUCUUACAAAAAUGUGAUAAAAGAACAUACCAUAAAACAAAACAUUCCAUAUGAAACUGGCAUUUAAGGUAUCCAGACCAUAAUUGAUCACACAUGAUGAUGUAAAAAGACCAGGAUGUUCUAUGCAGAGCAAAGGUCAUGACUUUGACAAACAUCAGAAUACUUUCGAACCGCUAUGCAUCAAUUUUGAGUUUGUCAGCAAUUGAAAGAAAAUUCUUUCCAUGAACUUUUUAGCUUCUCAAUAAAAAAAUAUUUGACAUUUUAGAGGCAAACUUAUUGUUUUGCAAAAACAUCCUUGAGGGAUCAAUUAGCGAAAAAAUGAGAUCAGUCGGCAUUCAAUCCCAGAAUUCAAAAUUGGUGUGCCGGUAUUUAAAUUUGUAGUUAAUUUCUUUGGAUGAUGAAAACAGGUCUUUUGACAUUUUUUCCACCUAGGGAGCAUUUCAAUUGUUCAUAAUAAAGUUUUAUAAAUUGUAGAGCUGUUUAUUUUUUCAAAAUAUAUUUUACAGCCAUUUUGAUAAUUGUCCAGAUACCUUAAAAUUCAGGCAAAGUACAGCAAUUCUUUUCACAAAAAAUCUUAGGGGUAAAAACACUCUUUAAGUCAUGAACUUUUCAGUAUCACUUGCGAUCAAUUUAAGUCGUAAGAUUUUUUGUGAAAAGAGCCCCAGAACUUCACAAUGUUUUCUUUUAUAUGUUUAACCAAUUUUAGCAUCACAAAAGUGUAUGAUAAGUGCAUUACUUAUCAAUGAAUGCAACUUACAUUAAGUGCUAUUAUUUAUAUUAUUGUACAUUAUUGCCUCAUUAUGGAUACAAGUUUUCAUUGGCUUAAAUCAUGAUCUGAUUUGCAUAUAUACAAGAUGUAGAUAUAUUCAGUUUGUAAAUAUUGUGCGUUAUUUUGGAGUAAAAUUUCCAAAGUGAAAAUAAGUCUUUCACUCUAAAAUCAAUUAUUUAUCUUAAUUUUGUACAUUAAUGAGUGUGUUGAGUAAUGAAAUGAAUGGGUGUGUUGAGUGUAUUACAAAUAAAAAGUGAAAUUGUAAUAACAAGUAAAAAACAAAAGAUUUUCUUCUUUUACCUUUUUUUUUAAAUUUGUUAGUUCUCAUGAUACAACAUAUGACAUGUUGUUUCAAAAGUGUCUAUGUCAGUUACAUUAUCACAAGCAAGAAUUUUAACAUUCAAGAGUUAUUCCCCUUAGUUAGCUUUAAAUUUAAAAAAAAAUUUUGGUUACCUGUUGAUACUGCAAGUACUGUUUUACAAAAUCGCCAAUGAUUUGUAUGAAUGAAAUUUUUUCUUCUUUUAUCAUAGUUUGUGAAAAAAUUCUGAAUUAAAUUUAGUAAUAAUAUUUUUCUACUUGAAACUUUUUUUCAUAUUAAUGAAUGAUUCUUUUGAUGUUAUUUUAAUAGAGUUUUUUAAAUGCUAAUUUUGAUCAUUUUCAAUUUUCAAAUGAUAGGUUUUAAAUCAAAUUUUUAAUAAACCCUUAUUUUUGUAUCAUAUAUAUUUGCAUUAGUUGAAAAUUUUCAUAUUUCAAGUAUUUGUUGAUACAUUAAUUUAUUACUUCAGAUGGUAUUUUUUAAGAUCCAAAGUUUAGGAGAAAUGGUGAAAAAUCUCUUAUUACAGUAUGUUGUUACCUUUAAAAUACUAAUUGAAUUUAGAUUUAUGUAUAGCUUGAAAGAAGUACAAACCAUCAUUCUUUUGUGCAACUGCAUGCCAUUGUUUUGUGACAUCAUGUUCACUUGUGCUGACACCAUUUUCUUCCAUGCAAAACUACAAAAUUUGUACGUUGAGAACCAAAAGUCAUGUUUGAAAAAUAAUUGAGACUAUGUUGUGAAAUCAAGUGGAUAAAAAUUAGGCAAUUUUGAGAAAGUUAAAGUCUCAGUUCAAGUUUUUCUUUCUGUAUGUUGUCUCAGUAGUACAGACAUUUCUAUGAAAACCAAUUUCCAUUGAUGGUGGGACACAUAGUAAUUAAAUUCAAUGCAUUUAAAUGUAGUUCAGUUUCAGUUAUCUCAAAAAUAAAGUAUCUGCAACAUUUCAUUCCUAACAUAAGAAAUGUCAUUGCAUUAUGAAUUCUUAAGCUACAUGGUUGAAACUUAAGCAAUCCUUUUCAUAAAACUGAAUAAAUGUUUUGUAUGGUGUAAAUGGCAAACUGUGUGUGUGGUAGUAUUUUAUAUUGUGCAUUGAUUGUGCGUGAUUGUUUUAUACUAAGGACUGUAUAUAUGUGUAUAUAUUGUAUAUAUAUUAUGUAGACAUGGUACAUGCAUUAUCAAUGCUUAAAUGAUGUUAGUUUAUUUCUACUGUUAUUUUUUCUUAUAAACAUGGAUUUGCCAAACAUGUUUUCCCCUUAAAAUUGCUUCUAAUUUUAUGCAUGAACUUUCAAAAAACUGUUUUCUGAUACUUUGUGUAUACAAUGCUGUCUUUGGAAAUAAGAAUUGAUUAUUAGAGAAAUUACAUACUUUAACAGAUAAUUCUGGGAAACAAAAGAUGGUACUGCCAUAUUAGCAGAUGAAACCGCUUUCUCUAUUUGAUUUCUUUUGGAGAAAAUAUGUCAUGAUUAAAUAAUUGAAAAUGUUUACAAAACUGAAAAGCACUUAUUAAUAAAGCAUUUUCAUGUAAAGACAGAACAUUAAUGAGAAUUAUUUUUGACUUAAGUUACUAAUGCAUUGUUUAAUGGAAAUAAUUCUAGAAAUUCAUUUUAUGCUUUUAUCAAGGAUUUCAAGAUAUUAAAAAAACACAGCAUUAUUUCAGUGUAGGCAAUAAAAAACGAACAAUUUGAUAGACUUUUGAAGGAACAUGAAUAAAAGAGAAAAACAAGUAGACAAUAAAAAUCUGAACAUAAAAAAGUUUUUUAAAUGUAAGAAAAAUAGAACAUGAACAAAAAAUGAGAAGAAAUAACAGUAGAAUGUGUUUGAUUCAGUAUUACAUAUUUGACAAUGAAAAAGACGACUUUAUUGUCAUAUCUGGCUUUGUGCUUUAAAAGUAUAAUUUAUUAUUAUUAUUGAAAUGAACAUGUAAUUGAUUUUGUGUUAUAUUUUUUUUUUGUUGUUUCUUUUUUCAAAUUGCUGAUUUGUUUUUGAGUUGUUUGUUUUGUUCUAGAAUAGUUUUAAGUACUGCUGUUAUAUGUUACAAUUCAGUUUUGCAGAAUUUAUUUUUUCAAUUCAAAAAUUUGAAACCUAAAAUAAUUUAAGAAGAAAAAGCUUUAAUUUUAUAAGGGAGACAGGUUUGACAUAUCACUUCAGGGAGGUAACUCUCUGUAAAUCAACAUAACUCUUUAACAGCAUUGUAAAAUUCAAGCAUCUUUUUAACAUAGACUAAAAAUUUUUUGGAAGAUGUGAUUUGUUAUUUUUACUGUUUGAUUAUUUUUUUGAUUUUCAUUUUCUCAAUUUCAAUUAAUGAUCAUCAAAACCUCAAUUUCAAUAUAAAUUUGUUUUACUUUGUUCAGUGGAAUUUUUUGUUUUCUCCCAAAUGAAAAUCAGAAAAAUUAAAUGAAAGGAAUAUUGUGUACCCCAACAUGUUUGGUACCCCUGAAAAUAAGAUUUUUAUUUAAGCUUAUAUAAUUUUCAAUAGCUGAUUCAUAAUAUGCAAAUUGAAAUAUCACAUUAGUUGAAAGUAGAUUUGUUUUGGUUUUUGUUGUAGUUUGCAACAGAGUUACCUCAUGGCAUAUUUGUAUGUGGAAUGAAGUAAAAAAGGUGUAUCUUAAAUAGAAUGAUAUAAAAUGUAAAUAAAUUGUCCAGUCUCUCUGCUUCAGGGAAUUUUUAAUUUGAUGAAGAUCAAGAUUAUGAAGAUGUUGUAGUACAAUAUUUCUGUGAAGAUUUUAAUGACAAUAUAUGUUUGAAAAUUGUUAUUGUGUGAAUGAUUUAAAAGUCAGCAAUGUGAAAAAAAUAUGAAAUAAAUGAAAUGAACAAAUUA